AUGCCUCCCCCAAAGCCCCCAGCACCUGCGAAGCCAGGCAAGGUUUCCGUGUACCGCGCUCUCUACCCUUACACGGCGCAGCACGCGGAUGAGCUGUCGUUUGAGGAAGGCGAUCUCAUCUACGUUCAGAAGCAGGUGGGGUUUGAGAAGUCUGGCAACACGGAGUCUGUCGACAACCCGCUGCAUGAGGCCGCCAAGCGAGGCAACCUGCCCUUCCUCAUCGAGUGUCUCACAAACGGCGUCUCUCCCAACGCCCUGGAUAAGGCUGGCGCAACACCAUUGCAUUGGGCAGCGCGUGGCGGACACGUCGACUGCGCAGAGGAACUCCUCAAGCGGCCGAACUGCCGUGCGGAUGUGCAGAACAAGUUGGGCGACACGCCCCUACACAACGCGGCGUGGAAGGGUAGCGUCGAGGUGAGAUGGACAAUGGACACGGGAUUGCGUAUUGCGUUCGGAUUGGUUGAGGUGGAGAGGGAGGGGCAUGUACUUGGAUGUGUCGAGAAGAUGAGCAGGUUGCUGAAGAUUCGCGUGACGAGCGCAAUCGACGACGACUACGGUGAUUCUGAUGAGGACGAGGACUGAACGUCCAGUUCGCACCCACGUGGAAGUGGUGUAACAUAAAGCGUGUUUGUUUCUCACCUCCACGUGUUUUUGAAACACGCGUGUUGUUGCGCUGGUGUCUGCACACAUCACAUCGUGUUUGCAUCACUUCACCGCCACCACCACCGUGGUCACCACCAUGUGCUGCUGUCGUUUGUUAUUUUCGACCGCAAUGAACUUUCUCCCUCCCCCGCCUGCCACGUGCAUGUGCGUGUGCAUGUGUGUGUGUGUGUGUGUGCAUGUGUGUGUGUGUAUGACAGUCCUUUGCUCAAUGAGUCACAUGUUGUGUGUGUGUUUUUGUAUGUGCAUGUCUCGUGUGCUCUCUUCCCCUCUCUCUUUGUGUUUGCGUGCUGUGACUUUGAAUCCUCCUGCGCACGUCUCCUCUUUGUCCCUCCAACCCCUCUACUUUCACUUGAUUGAGUCUUCACUUUCCAGCCCCCCCCCCCCCCUCAGUGUAAUCGUCAACAAUUACGAGCAUCGGUGGCCGUGUA